AUGGCCAAGCUGUACUUUCGCUAUGGUGCCAUGAUGUCAGCAAAGACAAUGAACCUCCUGGCCAUUGCGCAUGCCUACGAAAUGCAAUCCAAGAAGGUCUUGGUGAUGAAGCCCCGGCUGGACACUCGCUUUGGAUCCUCCGCCGUCCAGAGCCGAAGUGGCCUCUCCCGGGAGGCAGAUGUGCUGAUCACCUCUGAGACAGAAUUUCCGACGGACAUGCUCAUUGGGGUCAGUUGCAUUCUUGUUGACGAGGCGCAGUUCCUGUCCCCUCGCGCGGUGGAGAGAUUGCGGAAUGUGGCAACCAUGCAAGGAGUGCCAGUGAUGUGCUUUGGUCUACGUACGGACUUUCGAUCGCGACUAUUUCCUGGAUCAAAGCGGCUGAUGGAACUGGCCGAUUCCAUCGAGGAGGUCAAAACAACUUGCGCGUGCUGCAGCAAGAAGGCAACGAUGAACCUGCGUAGCCCAUGUGCUAUCAACAUUUCUGCGAAAAGAUCGUGGAAGCGACCGGGGGGCCGAUCGACUUUCCUGCUGCCUGGGUCGCAGGCGACGUGGCCGACACCAAGCUUGCCGCCCUGCAGGAUAUGGAAGAGAGGUAUCGGAUAG